AUGACCGUGAAACAGAAGAACGAAUCUGCGUCAGACGACGACGACGAUGAUGUACCGCUGGCACGUAAGACGAAAGUGCGGCGGAAGCGUACUGCGAAGGAAGAUGCCGAUGCGAAGAUCGAGAUCAACACCAUCAAGGAAGAGGACAAAUACGACAGUGACGAGGCUCUUUCAAGCGUGGCAAAGAAACGAUGUAAGAAAGCUGAACCCAAGACACCUAAGGUGCCCAAGUCUAAACCUUCUAAAACGCCCAAAAAAAUCGUGAAACGAGAAAAGUCCGUAGAGAAACAGAACGGGGACUUGGAAGAAGACGACUCAAAAGAAUCGGCUGAAGACUCCGAAGAGUUUAAGUGGUGGGAAAAAGAGAACGAUGACGAUACCAUCAAAUGGAACACCUUGAAACACAACGGUGUGAUUUUCCCACCCGCUUACGAGCCGCUGCCCUCACACGUGAAAAUGUACUACAAGAGCAAACCUGUCGACCUGCCGCCACAGGCAGAAGAAGUAGCAGGGUUUUUCGCUGCGCUUUUGGAGUCCGACCAUGCGAAAAACCCGGUUUUCCAAAAAAAUUUCUUCGAAGAUUUUCUUGAAGUGUUGGAGGAGUCCGGUGGGUCUAGAAACGGUGUACAGCCGGAAAAGUUCGAAGACUGCGAUUUCGGUAAAAUGUUUGACUAUUUCCAAGUGCAAAAAGACCAAAAAAAGCAAUUGAGCGCUCAGGAGAAGAAACAACUUAAACUCGAGAAAGAAGCGUUCGAAGAGCCCUAUAAGUUUUGUUACCUGGAUGGUCGGAAAGAACAGGUGGGAAACUUUAGAAUUGAACCUCCCGGUCUUUUCAGAGGCCGUGGUGCGCACCCGAAAACAGGGAAAUUGAAAAGAAGAGUGUAUCCCGAGGACGUCGUCUUGAAUUUGGAUAACGAGGCACCUGUGCCAGUACCUCCCGAAGGUCACAAUUGGGGCGAGGUGCGUCACGAUAACACGGUCCAAUGGCUAGCCAUGUGGCGGGAAAACAUUUCAAAUUCCUUCAAAUACGUGCGUUUCGCGGCAAAUUCGUCCUUGAAAGGUAUCAGCGAUUUCAAGAAGUUUGAAAAGGCCAGGCAGUUGAGAGGUUACAUCGAUGCUAUCCGGGCCGAUUACACCAAGAACCUUAAAAGCAAAGUCAUGCUAGAGCGACAAAUCGCGGUGGCCACUUACUUAAUCGAUGUUUUCGCCCUAAGAGCAGGCGGUGAAAAGGCCGAUGAUGAGGCAGAUACGGUUGGAUGUUGUUCUCUGAGAUACGAGCAUGUGACGUUGAAGCCGCCGAACAACGUCAUUUUCGAUUUUCUAGGUAAGGAUUCGAUUCGCUUUUACCAAGAAGUGCAAGUCGACAAGCAAGUUUUCAAAAACUUGACCCUUUUCAAGAAGCCGCCCAAGAAGCCGAGCGACCAACUCUUUGACCGGCUGGAUCCCUCGAUCUUGAACAAGCAGCUCCAGAACUACAUGCCGGGACUUACGGCCAAAGUGUUCCGUACUUACAAUGCGUCCAAGACCAUGCAGGACCAGCUGGAUCUGAUCAGCAACGAGGGCACGGUCGCGGAAAAAAUGCUCAGAUACAACGCGGCAAACAGAACCGUUGCGAUCCUGUGUAACCACCAGCGGAGUGUCACCAAGGGCCAUGCGGCGGCCGUGCAGAAGGCGACUGAAAAGAUUGAAGAGUUGGAGUGGCAGAAAAUUAGGCUGAAAAGGGCCAUAUUGGCGCUGGACAAAACUGAGCUCAAGAAAAAUCCACGUUACUUCGAAGAAGUCGGCGAUCUCGUCAAGGAGCAAGAGUCUGUCAUUCACGCGCGCAUCAUUGAGCGGGAGCGCGAAAAAUACAACAAGAAAUUCGUCAGAGAAAACGAAAAGAGAAAAUUCGAUGGAGAACCGCCUUUACCCGAGUCGCAAUUGCACGAGUGGCUAGAGAAAGUCGACGAACUCGAGAAGGAGUACGCAGAGGAACUCGAGACCGGCGUACAGCAGGUGAAAACGUCGCUACAAAACGUCGACAAACUUAAGGCUCAGAUUGAAAAACUUGACCACAGAAUAGAAACAAGUACCAUUCAGCUGAAAGACCGCGAGGACAAUUCGCAAGUCGCGCUCGGUACUUCGAAGAUCAACUACAUCGACCCACGCUUGUCGGUGGUUUUUUGCAAGAAAUUCGACGUUCCCAUCGAAAAAGUAUUCACCAAAUCGCUGCGGGAAAAAUUCAAGUGGGCCAUUGAAUCUGCCGAUGCAAACUGGCGAUUUUAG